AAGUACGGCAUGUUUUUGAGUAGUUGGUAGGGUGAAUGCCAUUUGUCGUGUGGUCGGGUGCCAUAGCAACGGCUCAUGGAGAAACAUUGUAUAGCCCAGGCCAGUUUGACGUGCCCGAUGUUGGAUGACAGCUGCGUUCAUGCGGACAAUUUGGACAGUGGCAACUCCUGCAACAAAUUGCCGUUGUGUCUCGCCGCUGUCUCGCCCGUUCAUGAUCUGAUAUUGCUGUCAAAACGGACCAAAUCCACCAGGCUGCUAAAACAAGUAGCCACGGAUAUAUGGAGAAGCAUGAUAGUUAUUUGAAAAUUCAUAUGUUUCACUGCAGAGACGCCCAUGUCGGGCAGAGAGGAUUGUCAGGCAAGGGUCGGCGCUGGUGCGCGUCCCUUUUUUAAUCGCCAUGCCCUGGUGAGACUGGCGCGUCUCCCGGCUGCACCAGCGCCUGUUGCUCCCCAUGCGCGGCCAAUGCGAGGAUAUUAAUUUUCCCUGCGAUGUGUUGUCUCCGCCCCCUCUGCUCGCUCCACAUUCGCCUCUGUCCACUGUUGUCAUCCAUUUCAGCAAAAGGUGUAGCAGUGUACAUCUGGGUCUUCUCACUCUUUCUUUCCUCAACAUCAUGUUCAACAGGAAGUUAAAUAAAGCAUCACCUGCGCUGAUCACAUAAAAUCAACAUAUUAUAUGUCUGAAGACGUUGUAACUCGGCACCUCCAGUGUAGUCUACACCUCACUUUGUUGUCGACUGUGGAAUAAUAGUGUUCUGUGUAUCCUACAGUAAAUGUUACCUAUGGCACGGACACACGGGGAUGGACAAAAUAAAAGGAAUAAUCAACAAUUUAAUAAACUACAGCACUUAAAUAUAAACUAUAAUGUUAAUCUCAAUAAAAUAAAAUAAAAUUCUACGUUUUGUGAAGCUAAUAAUGUAUAUUGAUAUAUGUAUGCAUAUUAAUAAUAUAAAUGAUCUGAAAACUGCACAAUUGAUUAUUCAAAUAAACAUAUGCACCUUGGUGAGGGUAAUGCAUUAUACAAAGCUUUCUAACUUGGAUUUUUUAAAACCUGUAUAUAGUAUAAUAUUGUAUUAACUUCAUGUCAUGUUUAUGUCAUGUCAUUUUAUUGUUUUAGCAUAUACUGAAUUUUGUUGAGAUUACAUCAAAGCUUCAAACCAAAGGUGGAGUUUGUGGUGGUGUUGCACCCAAUUGCUUUUUAGUGUAAAGUGUUCCAGCUAUUUUGUCCACCCCCUGUUUUAGCUCCUCCUUCAGCACUUUUGGCCAUGGGCUCUCUAUAAAUGUGGGGCCUCUCACAUUCAUUUGUUGGCCACAGUGCAGAAGAGUCUACAUGAUACAGAAAUAACAGGGCAGAACCUAAAUCAACUCGAUUAGUUUAUUACAGUGAACUUAUUCUUAGACACUUUGAGCCGAAAGCAUAUAGCUGUCAGUUUCCAAGCCUUAUUCUUCUGCCAACAAACAGCUGCUAAGUAUAUUCCAUAUGGUGAGUAUCGAUGGUGUUACAGGCCAUUUUCAUAUAACUAAGAUUUGGAAAAUGGAAAGCGUCGUUUUAAGAGAUGAUUAUGAAUGGGAAAAAUAAUAUUUACCAUCUGUUUUUAAAUCAUAUUUCCGUAGGAAUCUGGUGAAAGAAUGAAUGCUGAUGACUGCAAUGGGCGCUCAUACGCACAAGGUAAUGGAGGAGAGUCAUCAACGGAGCAGGAUUUUUAUGGCACGCUGCAGGGCCCUACAGCAAGAUCUCCAAACAGUCAGCAGUCCUCACCGCACCGCUCCCUUAGUGCAAACUCCAUCAAGGUUGAGCUGUGCAGUGAUGAUGAGUCACCAGGUGCUCCACAGCCAGAGAACAGAGAGGCUGUGAGGGACGAUAGCAGGAGGGAUGACAGAGGGGAACCCAUGGAAGAAGGGAGCGCAGAGUUCGCUGGAGCUGGAAGAGAUAGAGGGAGCAUUUACAGUGAGAUGGCCAGUCCAAACUCUGCUUCACCAGGACCUAUCCGCCUCCCUAACGGGAAGCUCCAGUGUGAGGUUUGUGGAAUGAUCUGCAUUGGGCCCAACGUGCUGAUGGUGCACAAGCGUAGCCACACAGGUGAGCGGCCGUUCCAGUGUAACCAGUGUGGGGCUUCCUUCACCCAGAAGGGGAACUUGCUGCGUCACAUCAAGUUGCAUUCGGGAGAGAAACCUUUCAAAUGUCCCACUUGCAACUACGCCUGUCGCCGGAGAGAUGCCCUGGCUGGACAUCUGCGCACACAUACAGUCUCUUCUCCAACGGUGGGCAAACCUUUUAAGUGCAGCUACUGCAGUCGCAGCUACAAACAACAGAGCACACUGGAGGAACAUCUAGAGCGCUGCCAUAGUUAUCUGAAGAGCCUGGACCACCAGACAGCAGUCAACACACAGACAGCACAGGGUGAAGAGUCAGUAAAUAUGGAGAUAAUUACUAAACCUGCGCUCCAGCCAUCCAAUGAAAAAAUCCAGUUUGCGGAUAGACUGGCUAUUAGUAUCACCAAACGCAAGAGGACGACACCACAGAAGUUUUUGGGUGAAAAGCACAUGCACCUUGACCUACCUGAAGCACCUUAUGAAUUGUCUUCUGGCUCUGAGAAGGAGGGGGACCUCAUGAGCUCUCAGCCUUCUGGGGACUCCACUGGGCUGGCUGGUUCACGGCUCCACGGUGCUAGGGGUAAAAAUGAGAACCAUGAAUCGUCUACACUGUCUCAGCUUCAUCCUGCCUUCCUAUCAGUUAUGAGCUCCAUCAACAGCAACGUGACUCCUCAGGGCCCCCGAGCCCAUGGGGGAGGUGGGCUGGCGGCGAUGUCUCUUGGGCUGGCUGGGAGGGAAGCGGGCGAGGGCCGUGUUGACCAACCCUCAGCCCAUAGCCAUACCACCUCGCCCAAUGGCUGUCCCGACUCUACAGACACAGAGAGCACAGCAGAGGAGCAGAGCACAAGGGCUACAGCCCCAACAAGUACCUCCAACAAUCAUCACCUCCACUACCAAACCCCAGCACUGCCCCGCAGCCAUCCAACUUCCAGCCCCAGCCAGGCCAAAGACUUGGACCCAGAGUGGGAGAGAGCGUGUCCUGUGCCCCCCACCACAGUAAAGAGAAGCUCUAGCUCACCCAUUUCUUCCAGGGAGACCGUGCAGGUAUUAGACAGGGAUGGCAGGCCUGUGCGCUCCUUCUACUGCCGGCACUGCCGCAUCAUAUUCCUGGACCAUGUCAUGUUCACCAUCCACAUGGGCUGUCACGGCUUCCGCCAAUCGUUCGAGUGCAACAUCUGUGGCCACCUCAGCCAGGACCGCUACGAGUUCUCGUCUCACAUCAGCCGUGGAGAGCACCAGGUGGGCUGAGGAGAGGGUCUCGUGGCUGGAUGAGGAUAGGAGGUGACUGCUGCUCUCUAAAGUUGUGGGCUCACGUUUGUUCUGCACCAGAUCAGUUGCUUUAAAUCCCUAGUGUAAGUAAAAAAGAUUUGUGGUUUUAUUGUGAGAAUAUUUAUGAACCUAAAGCAGUCGCAAGUGAAGAAUCUUUUCACCUCACCAUUUAAAAUUUAGUGGAGGCAAAUUACAUUCUAUGAUUGAUUGCACUCCCAUAUUAAGUCAUCUGGCAAAACUACUGGUUUUGCUUCAAAAGUGCCUUCUUGGGGGAUUUCCUCUUAACUCAAAAAACUGGAGGGCAGGGGAAACGGGACGGGACUGGUGCUCAAAAAUUUUAACUAGCCAUCUUUUCCUAAGUGAUAUAGUUAGCACUUUUGAGAGGUCAUGCACACAGGCAUUUAAGAAAAGCAUGGCAUGUACAUUUAAAGAAUUAUAUUUGGUAUGCUUAGUAUGCACUAAGACCUUUGUUUAUCUGGUUGAGGAGGGUAUUCUGUGUAGGGUGUCAGGGAAGCUUCAUAUGCACUGAGAGCUUUGUGCCUCUGGGUUUGGGAGGAGCUUUUGUCACAAACGAAGCACAGAAAUGGAUUGCCUUAACUCCUACAGUAGUAUGCCGCUGUAGGAAUACAUAUUGUUUACAGCAUGGUUAAACAGUGUGUGAAGUCACCUCAGAAGAGAGAAUAUUUACAGCUGCACAGUGAGCAGACUAUCAGGACAAAGCAAAAUCAUGAAGGAAGUGAACUUAAAAAACAUUCACCUGAGGGUGAAAGAGGCAUUCAGGGCUCAGAUGUAAAAUAGGUUUUUGGAUGUUAAAGUGAGCCUUAGAAAACUGGUGCAGAUCAGACCAUGAGCCAUGUAGUGUACAGCAAGAGCCUGACUGAGAUGGCCCAGGGUGCUAUGCCUAUACAGGAUUGCACUUUUAGGUUCCCUGCUUAUAUAUGAACAUCUUUGCCGACGCACUUGACGGCUUUACGAUUUCUUUUCCUGUGAUUGUUCUACUGCACUGAUAAAUCGCAUAAUACUCACAAUAACUGAUCCUCUAAUUUGCAACACCAGUGAAUUUUUAACGGAGCCGGCCUUCUACAGAUUCCCACAGCAUUGCACUGGUUCUGUGGUCUACAUUCAAGUUUGCUGCAAUGUGUGACAAAGAUUUUAAUAUCAGUUCAACUAAAAUUGUUUUUUUGUGGUUUUGCUCUCAGCAGGUGAGGCUGAGAUUUUAAACAAUUUCCAUAAUGUAAGUGAAUUAACAAAUGAAUUAUUUAAAGAUUAAUUAACAAAUCAGUUUGGAUCUGUUCAGUUAUCACUUGUGAUUAUCUAUUUAGUGUUGUUUGUUUCAGCCUUGGUGUAUUUAAUCAGCUAUAUUCCAAAUCUUAUCCAGCAUAUUCCUCAAGUCCAUGAAAUGUUACCUCCUGCUUCUUUAUAGCACCCAAAUACCUUAUUGCUACAGUAUGGUGAGUUAUCUGAUAAUGUUAAUAUUGGGAACAUGAAUGAGACCAAACUCAGUAUUCUUACUUGUUAUCGUGGGUUUGCUGCUUCAUAGUUUAACUUGAUUUCCUUUAAUCGCAGGCAAAAAUGUACUUGAAACUGUUUGAGAAAAAAAAAGUAAUCUAAAAAUGCACUUGGUUUGAUAAGUAGAGAAAUGUGUGUGAAUGGAAUAUAGCAUGUGUGCUUGUCAUUUUCUGCUUUUACCUGAAUUGUGAGUUAUUUUUGAAAUGUGAAGUAAUUUGAAGAAGUGAAAAUGAGGCAUGGGUUUUUGUCUCCUUGUGUGGACCUUUCAAUGUUAUAAAAUAUUUUGUGAAUGAUGUAACAUGACAAAACACUUUACCUCAAAGUUAAAGAUGUACAACUGCCUCAUUAUUUCAAAAAGUCAUGUUGCUUUCCAAGAUGUUCUUGCAGUUACAAAUGCGUGCCCCUCGAUAUUCUCAAAACUUUUUACUGUCAAUAAAGUUACGUUUAUUGUAAAAGUGAUGGCAUCCACAUAUUUCUGCUUUUUAGCCACUGAAAAUACAUUAGCAGUUUUACACUGUGUAAAAAUAACUGUAACAAUGUGGCUAGAGAUGAGAAAUAAUUUAUUUAACAAAGACAAAAAUCCUAAAAUUCUACAUCAUCAGGUUUUGCAGGUAAAAACUCCCUACAGAUAUAGUUUAGACAAUAUUCCUUUAACUGUGCUUUAUAAACUGCAUUUAAAAGAACAAUUUAUAGUUGAGUAGAAAAUAUUGGAACACCAUUUUAUCAGAUUUUGAAUUUGUACAGCUAUGUCUGUCCAUCCAUGUUAGAUUUUAGGAUGUAAAGAAUUGACAUUCAGGAUCUGUGUACCUGCUUGUAAUCUGGGAAAUUUAGUUUCUUAUUUGGAGAAAGGUCUGUUUCGUAUAUUACAUUACUACCUGCUUCACUAAAAACAUUCAUAAAAAUAAAAUAAGUGGAGCAAAUAUUCAAUU